AUGUCAUCUCACUCCAGUUGGGCCGCAGAUGACCGGCGAAAGCUCAAGUUGUUUGGCAUGCGUUUCGAGACACAUGCUAGGACCUGCGCCGAGGAGUUUGACGAUGUGCUUUCGCAGCGUCGGAAACUACAUUCCAACCGCAUCCCCCUCUGGAAGGAGCUGGGCCCCAAGGCUAUCGAGACCCUCAGGCAGGACGGCGGGAGUGACAACACGUUGUACCUUACACAGUGGUCUGGGAUAUUUGACUCCAGCUUGUAUACGCGUAGCCAGCUCAGGGACAUUCGGGACUUCGCCGCUCUGGUCGAGAAGGGGGGUGACAAGAUCUGGGACAAGGUGCAAGGUAAGCAUGUUGUCAUGUGGGUUCCUAGUGAUGCGAAUGCCGCCUCUCGGUGCCGAGCUGCUCUUCUUCGCCGUGCUGCUCCAGAUCGCCGUCCCACUUCCCUCCGUUUUGUCUCGGAGAUCCCUCUGCUCCCAGCCAUGGAAUCGGCGUCUAACAUUACUGAUGUGUGGUGA